AUGGCUCUGAAUAAUCCCAACCCACUGGGACCAUGGAAGAUCACAGUUUAUGACCAGGUGAACUUCCAAGGCAAGCGUCUGGAGUUUACCUCAGCCUGCCAGAACAUCAUGGAGUGUGGCGUUGACAACAUCCGCUCCCUCAAGGUGGAGUGUGGAGCCUGGGCAGGAUACGAGCACUCCAGCUUCUGUGGACAGCAGUUUGUGUUGGAGAGAGGAGAGUAUCCUCACUGGGAGUCAUGGAGCGGCAGCAACGCCUACCACAUCGAGAGGAUGAUGUCCUUCCGCCCCAUCUGCUCUGCUAACCACAAGGAGUCCAAGAUGGUGUUGUUUGAGAGGGAGAACUUCAUGGGGCGCCAGUGGGAGAUAAACGACGACUACCCCUCUCUGCAAGCUAUGGGUUGGGGCAACAACGAGAUUGGAUCUAUGCAAGUUCAGAGCGGCGCCUGGGUGUGCUACCAGUUUCCUGGUUACCGUGGCUACCAGUACAUCAUGGAAUGCGAUCGCCAUGGCGGCGACUACAAACAUUACAGAGAGUGGGGCUCCCAUGCUCAGUCCUUCCAGGUGCAGUCGCUGCGUCGAAUCCAGCAAUGA